UUCUCUUUCUCUCUCUCUCUCUCUCUCUCUCUCUCUCUCUCUCUUUCUGUCGUGCGCUCUCUCUCUCUCUCUCUCUCUCUCUCUCUCCUCUCCCCCCUUUGUCCCUAUACGCCGCCAUCACCCUUCUUCCCCUCUUUUCUUUUCUCCUUCUUUUAUAUAUGUAUCCAUCUAUAUAUAUAUGUGUGUGUGUACAUGCGCGUGAUAUAUAUUUGUGUGUAUGUAUAUUCUCUGUCACUCUCUCUCAUUCGUUUACUCACUUGCUGUCUCUAUCCUCGUCCACACACCGUGCGCGCGUGUGUGCCGCAAGAGAAAGUUUGGCAAGAGAUGUGACCGCGAGAUAAGGUAACGAUUCAUGGGAGCAUUUAAAAUGGCACUGAUAAGCUUCGCUCCACUCUUAUGCAGUCCUCUGAGAGUGGGGAGCUCCUUAUAUGGACGACCUGUUAUCAGGUUUCACACGCGGAUUCCACAAAAUGUUGUGACGUAUGGCGCUUUUACAAGCUUUAUCUUUUAAACAAAGAUCGUGGCUCUUUAAAAAAUAUAAUGGAUAAUACAUAUUGUAAAGGUGAUGAUUGUUUAAAGAAUAGAUAUCAAUUCUUACCAAACCAACAUUUUGAAAAAGUAAAAGACGGUGAUUCUUUACCACCAAUCAUAUGUCACCGAUGUGUAUACAAGUUAGAUGUACUACAUAAUUUUCGAGAAGUCUCGCAUAAAUCUGAUGUCAUAUUAAAACAGUACCUGGAUUAUGCCAAGCAAUUAUCAUCUAAUGAUAAUCAGAAAAAAUCUUUCUCCACUGCCAAAAUAGCAGGAUUAAAUCCAGUACAAUCUUUUAUUCAAUUAAAUAAAACGUUAUUUAAUGAGGAACCAAAUUCUCCAGCCAGCAUUAAUCAAAACAUAAUACCUCAAACGCAAACACACAGAUUAGAGCUGCGUACAAAUGAAGUAUUAGAAAAUGAUAAUAUCAAAUGUGAACCAGAGGAUGAUACGUGUUCUUAUAGUUCAGAUCCAGAUAGGCUCGAAAUUGAGGAUCGGGAUGAGCAAGAAACUGAAGGUGAAGAAAAUGGUUAUGAUAUGACAAUUAAUAAACGAUUAAAAUUGGAAAAUAAUUAUGAAAAUUCCAAGCCAAAUACACCUGAUCAUAGUCCAGUUAAUAGGAUGGAUACACCAGAGAGCAAUUGUUCAGAUACGCAUAUUGACCAAGAAACUACAAAGCUGUGGCAAGCCCUUGCAAAUAAUAGGAAUUUGGAAAUAACACGAACAAAAGGGGAUAAAUUAAAUAAUGGUUUCACUGGAGAAGCGACUAAUUUGCUUCGAUCUUUAAUCAAAAAUAGACAAAUCGGUAUUACUGCUGUCGAUUCUGAUAGAAUAUCCACACAAAUAAGAUUUUAUAGGGACACUCAAGGAACUACAAUCGAACAUUCAUUACCUGAUUCUUCUGUACUUGGGAAUUGUACCACUAUGCCGUGCAUAGAAAACAAGAUUACUUCUAUGGACAGUAAUCCAUCCAGUCCAGCUAGUAUUGGACGAAAAGAAACGAAAGGUCGAAGGAAACAAAGUUAUCCGAGUAAAGCUCCAACAAGCCCAGAUACUGCUAAUUAUCAACACGAAUCCAGUGAAGAACAAGCACAGGAUUUUACCGCAUGGUCACAUAAAAUGAAAGGAAAAGUUGAAGAUCAAAAACAACAAUUUGAUCAGCAAACCGGUAAUAUCACAAAAAAAGUUGAUAUGUCUUGCACAAAUUGUGGUACCAUGACUACAACAAUCUGGCGAAGAAAUAUGAAGGGUGAAAUGGUUUGUAAUGCGUGUGGACUUUAUUACAAACUUCAUGGAGUUAAUCGUCCAGUUACUAUGCGAAGAGACACGAUACACACACGUAGACGCAGACCUAAAGGCGAAAAACCAACACGACAUAGAAAGAAAGGAGAUACGGCGGUAAUACCACCACAAUCUGAGCAAAUGGACUCUGAAAGUGCUGAUAUGCUAGCAGCUUUGCGUCGGCAAAUUCAACCUCAUCUCAUGAUGGCAGCAUUAACGCCACCACGUAUACCUGGCAAUCACGGUCCACCAGCUGGUCAACUUAAUUAUUCACUUCCUUUGUCUAGUUAUAUGAUGCAUCAUGUGAAAACUGAAGCUCAAGAGCAACAACAACGUCUUUCGGUAAAGACUGAAGAGAUAGAGGACGGAGAUGAAGAAAAUGUUUCGGAUGUACCAUUAAAUCUGGUUGCGACGUCAUUAGCCGAAGAUACGCAUUGAGAAAGUUUUAGUUUUUUUUUUCUUUUUUCUUUUUUUUUCUUCUUCUUCUUUUUUUUUUUUUUUUUUUUUUUUUUUUCUUUUGAAGACAUCGUUAUUAGGUAUACAUAAGAAAGAAUCUCUAGGCAGUAUGAUCGACCCAGUGGUACAUGAGGCGUAGAAAUUUUACGCCUUAUCUGUCAACAUAUUUAAUUAUUAUAGCUAUUUUUUUUAGCUAUUCCCUCAUCUCUUCGCUCUUUAUGUCUCGAAAAAUUGAGAUGAUAUACAGUUGAGGUAUUUUUUUGAGCUAUCAGGCCCGUGGUACAGAGCGUGUGAAGGUAUAAUGAUAUUAAGCACACAGUAUUAAUUAAAUGAUUACUCAAAAUGUACAUAUAUAUAUACAUACAUACAUAUAUGUAUUUGAAUAUGAAUAUUUUUAUACAAAAUUUUCUAUGCUUUCGACUGGAGAGCGACGGGUGAUCAUUGUACAUAUGUGCAUAAAUUGUUCUUUCGAUGUGCAUGUACUUUUGCGUACAUAAAGCUAAUCGUUGUCUGUUUUAAAAGCAAGAAUAGAACUCGAUUGCCAGUAAAAUAGUAUUAAACGGUGCUAGAUUACUGUGCAAGUAGUUUCAAAUGAAUAUGUUUGAAGAAACUAAUUAAUAAAAAGAUCUUAGCGUUUUGUUCCACGGGCUUUUGGUUGCAAAUGACAUAAUAACCAUAAUACUCUCGUUGUUUUAUAUUACAGUAAGCUUUUUAUGAACAGCCCCGUUGAAUUUUACUAGUGUAUAAAAUUGUAUUUUUUAAUAUGCUUUAGUAAUGUAUAAGUAUGUCCUAUUUAAAACAGAAUUAGAAAAAAGAAACAAAUAGUACGUAAAAGGGAAACGUUCAUUCGGGUAUUUAAAUUCAUGAAAUUACAUGCCAGUAUCGUGUCAAAUAUUACGCGUUCUAUGUUUCUCAUAGAGACUUAUAUUUUCUAUUCUCUUAUAUCUUCUUUAAUUGACAAGUAUAAAGAAGUUACAUGCAGAAGAUUUAUGCAAACACGAUACUGCCGACGUAAAUGCUAUUAAUAGUUUACUUCCUCGUUUUUACUUCCUAUGUCAAAACGCUUCUCAACUGCCACAGUACACAGUUGAAUCAAUUUGUACUUAACAAAGAAAAUAGUACACGACCAUAUAAGCUAAGACUCUAAAAGCAAUAAGAACAUCCUAUGGAUGCGGUAUAGAUUGUUGUCUUACAAUAACAUUACCUGUUGACACGCUCUCUUUUUCUCGACAUUGAUCGAAAAUGUUCAAAAUCUUCGCGAAAUAAUAUAUGAAUAGCAUUCGUUUAUAUGUCGAAAAUUAAGAAUAAAUUCUAUUGCUCCACUGCUAGUAUGGCUGUGUUUAUAAAGCUUAAUAGAUCUUGAUAAUUUGCUUUUGCAGUUUUUCUCUUUUUAUUCUUUUUUUUUUUUUUUUUUUUUUUUUUUUUUUUUUUUUUUUUUCUUCUUUUUAUUCUUUUUUAUUCUUUUUUUAUUUUCUUUUUUUAAAUUUUUUAAUUGUCUUUUCUUAAUAAUUAAAAGAACAUAAGCAAUUUUAUAGUAUGAUAGAGAUGUUUGUGGUAUGGUUUAUUCUAAUUAUUUGCUCUUUCUAUUUUUUAAGAGUUAUUGCCGAUCUACUUUUUGCAAGAUUGUACAGAUAAGGUAUUAGCAACAGAUAUUAAGCUGUUUUUAAUAGAGCAUAAUAUUAUGGCCAAUGCAUCUACUUAUAUAUUGUUAUACUUGACAUCGUAUACCUAAACAACUUUGCCAAAAAUAGAUUUAGUCCGUGUAACAUAGAAUAUAGGUAAGAGAAUACAACAAAAAUUAACAUGUUAUUUCUCAUACUACAUAAAGUCACACAUAUACACUUUUAUAUUUCUUUUUGCGAGCUUUUUUUCAAUCAGCAAUAAUUCUUAACAAACUUAUGACAGAGUAAGAGAUGGCUAUAAUAGUAUGUGGAGCAAUUAGGUUUAGUAAUUAUCAAAGGAGCCUUAUAAACGCGUAAGCGUAUUACAAAUAUAUUCUAUAUUAACGUAUAAAUACGAAUAUGUAAGACCGAUACAAUAGUAAAGGACAGUGCUACAUAAAUAAAAAUCUAAUACAUCAAAAGAUAUAAAACAUGCCCUUAACAAUAUAAACACAGGUACAAGAAAUUUACAUCUUAAAACAAUUUGUGUCAAUUUUUAGAAUAACUAAUGAAAGGGCAUGUCAAAGAAUACAAUUUGUGUAGUACUGUCAAAUAGUAAAUAAUAAAGCACAAAUAGUGCGAGUAUCGGAGGAAUA